AUGUCUGGCGAAACCGAACCGAGGCGCUCUGUGCGCGCGACCAAGGGCCAGCACACAAAGUCCUUUGACGAACUCGAGCAGCCCGCUGUCCCGAAACGACGCCAAACAAAGAAGUCAAGGAAGGCGCAGGACGAGGAAGAGCAGUCGCAAGAGCCCGAGGAGAUUAUUCGAUGCGUCUGUGGUGCUACAGAACAAGACGAGGAUUCGGGCGAGGCCUGGAUCUCUUGCGAGACGUGCUACGCGUGGCAGCACAAUGUCUGCGUCGGCGUGAGCUCAUACGAGGAUGAGAUCCCAGAAUAUUAUUGGUGCGAGCAGUGCCGGCCGCAAGAUCACAAAGAGUUGCUGGAUGGCAUUGCCAAAGGAGAGCAGCCGUGGAUUGCUCGGCGCAAGGCUCACGAGGAAGAGGUGGCAAGCAGAAAGAAGAGGGGUGGUAGAAAGCCCAAGGCGAAGCGUGGAAGUGAUCCCAAGGACGAUAUUGAGAAAGAGGGCCGCGGCAAGGCCAAGGCAUCACCAGCGCCGGAUGCGUCAGCCAAGGACCGACGUGAAUCUGCCGGUCGGCCGGGCAAACGCAAGUCGCGGGAUGACUCUCAGGACAGCGACCCCAAGAGUUCCAAGCUGCGACGCGUCUCGGCAAACGAGUCAACCGCCAGCGGUGUUCAAUAUACACCGCCGGCCGACAUGGCCGUUGCUAUCUCCGAACUGCCAACCACCAGAGUUGGUCCAGCCAAGGCCCUGAAGAAGUCAAUUUUACACGUCUUGUCCUCGAUGGAGAAGAAUGGUACUGUGAAAAUCCCCAAAGACGAAUCCGCAGAAAGUAUGUCAGAGACAUAUGCUCUCCAGAUCGAGCGAGGCGUUUUCGACACUCACCCAGCCAGCAAGGGCCAGAAGGAGUACAAUCAGCAGAUAAAAUCGCUGGCGUUUAACCUGAAGAAUAACUCAGAGCUCGUCGAUGGCUUGGUACAAAACGCUCAUUCUCCAGCGGGGCUGGCCGUCAUGACGUCGGAGCAGCUCGCUUCUUCAGAAUUGCAGAAACAAACUGCAGAAAUGAAGGCCAAGGCAGAGAAGCAGUCUAUUCUGUACACGGCGGAGACGGGACCUCGUGUUCGUAGAACGCACAAAGGUGACGAAAUUGUGGAGGAUGAGAGUUUGGCGAACACCAACGAACUCCCGAUACCCCGCGGAGGAGGCGCUCGGCGCGGUGCCAAUGCAGAUACAAGCCAAACCAUCAAGCGGGAGUCGAUUAGCACUGACUACGACAUGGCGCAGUCGCCAAAGCAACAUGAGCAUCAACGUUCGCCCAGCCAGUCCAAAUUUGACAUCUCCGAAGUCUUUUCUCAAGUCAAAUCACCAACUCAAGCGCAGCGUCGCCGACCUUCGGGGCCUGCCCUCAACACAUCCGGCCCAGGCUUCGACCCCGAUGUCGACCGGAUGCUGGAAGACGAGAAUGACUCGCCACCUUAUUCGCCUACCGAAGAUUCAGCGGACCCCGACAUCGUCUGGAGGGGGUCUAUAGCUAUGAGCUCCAUCGCCGACUUCCAGGCUACCGGAAAGCAUGUCGGUGGUGCGAACUUUUCCAACUUGGGACACUGGUCUAAGCUCAUCCCAAAGCGCAUGACCGUGGCCGGCCGUAUCACCGAGCAGAGUGCUAUUGAAUAUCUUUGCAGUCUUCGUUACAGCAACCUGACCGACAUUGUCGUGGUUGGGCUGACGCCAACAUCAGAAGAGGCGCAGCCUGAAUUUAACGCCCUGGUUGACUACUUCAUUAGCAAGAAACGCUAUGGUGUCGUCGGCAACAAGGCCGCAGGCAACGUUCGCGAUACAUAUCUCGUGCCUGUUCCUCCUGGGGAGAAUAACCACCCAGAGUUCAUGUUGAACUUGGUUGACAACUUCAUCCCCAAGACACGAACCGAACCGAUGCUAUUGGCAGUCUUUGUGUACCGCAACGAGAAUCUCGAGACCAUUCAGCCAAAAAAUGAAUCGGCCGCUUCACCUUCCACCCCUACAGUAGCCAGCGCGCUGAACACGGAAGGCUACGCACAGCGAAGCAACUCGAUACCCGGCCCUGGGUUCUCUCCUGCCACGCCAAGGGGAGGCUUCGCCGCCUCUCCCUCCAACGGCCACACGCCCGGGCAGGUAGCCACGCCGAUUCCGUCGCACCUUGCCCAUGGUCGCGCUCCGCCCCCGGCACCCACGCCACCCAACGCCUCGAACCUGACCAGCCCACCGCCGCCUUUCGCCCAGAUGACGGAGGCGCAAAAGAUGCAGGCGCAGCAGUCCGGCCAGCAAAUCGCCCACGAGGUUCUGGGCGCCUUUGUCAAGGUCCCCACCGUUCAGUUUCUGCUCCCCCAGGCACACCAGAUGUCCCGCCGCGAGUGGGAGAUUAUCAAGUCCAUCUAUGAGCGGGAGCCCAAGGCCCGCGACGACCUCCAGUACCUAAGCGUGCUGCUGGAGAAGGAAGGCGGGCCGAAGCAGCCGUAG